UCAGCUGCGAUCUGAAUGUGAUUCGAAGUGUAAAAACAAAGUGAGAAAAAUUAAGUAAUUAGAGAUUAAGAAAAAAAGAUUGUUAGACUGAAGAAUGGCAAGCUUUUUGGCAACAUCAGCAACCAUUCCAAAGCUUCAACGUGCUGGAUCUAUUAUUGUACACAACCCAUGGAGUUCUAAUGUUUUUGUCUCUCUCAGACCAAGACAUGGAAGUUCACAGGUUACUGCAGCAGCUGCUGAUGAAGCUGCUCAUGUCGUGAAGCGAACCACCGAGAGGGCCGCCGAAGAAGUCAAAGAUAAGGCCGUCUCUGCCGCCGAUGAGGUGACUCAAAGAACAAAAGAAGUAGCAGGGAAGGUGAGUGAAACAGCACAAGAUAUGGCUGGGAAGGCAAAGCAAACAGUUGAAGAUGCAUGGGGAUCAGUGAAGGAUACAACUCAAAACAUUAAACAGAAAGUGGUUGGCAAAGCUGAAGAAUCUAAAGAAGCCAUUAAAGACACUGCAGAAAACAUCAAAAAAAAUAUCAAGUCUAACUGUUGAUCAUUCUUUAGAUUUCUUCUAUAUUAUUAUUGCAUUUGCAUCUACUGUUUUUUCCAUAAUGCUUUUUCAUUAUGUUCCCCAAUUCAUACAAAAUGCGAAUUUUUUGUUUCUCAAGUUGGUUACCAUAUUCAACAUUAGUGCCCAUUAAUUGGUAUAUUCAAUAAAAU